AUGGAGGCCGCAGGCGCCAUCCCUUCUGCCUCCGGCCAUGUUGCCGUUGUCGGAAUGGCCGGUCGCUUUCCGGGCUGUGAGGACCUGGAUGGGCUUUGGGACCUGCUGCUGCGGCGAAAGGAUGUCCACCAAGAGAUCCCACCGAGUCGCUUCGACAUCAACGAGUUCUACGACGCGUCAGGCAAAACGAAGAACUCGACCCUUACCCGCUAUGGCUGCUUUCUCUCCCACCCCGGUCUCUUUGACAACCGCUUCUUUAACAUUUCUCCCCGCGAAGCUGCACAGAUGGACCCGUUGCAGCGCAUGUUCCUGACGACGACAUACGAAGCCCUUGAAAUGGCUGGCUAUAACCCUUCCACUUCCCCGAUCGAUCCGUCCAAAAUAUCGACGUACUUUGGCCAGUCCACCGACGACUGGAAGACCAUCAAUGAACAACAAGGUAUCCAGGCUCACUACCUUCCAGCCACAAACCGGUCAUUUGCACCGGGACGAGUGAGCCACCACUUCAAGUGGGGUGGCGGACAUUAUAGCAUCGACACGGGGUGUUCCUCGAGCAUGACGGCAAUCCACAUGGCUUGUGCUGCUUUGAUUUCGGGGGAGUGUGACAUGGCUAUUGCUGGAGGCGGCAAUGUUUGUGUUAUCCCAGAGUACUUUUCAGGCUUCAGUAAAGGCAGCUUUCUUUCGACGACCGGGGGCUGUAAGACAUAUUCGAACGACGCCGAUGGGUACUGCAGAGGAGAAGCUGUUGGCACAGUUGUCUUAAGGCGACUGGAGGAUGCAGUGGCAGCCAAAGACCACAUCCUUGGUGUCAUUGCGGCGACCGCAAGGAACAGCAAUGCGGGGGAAGGCUCAAUCACUUAUCCCGGAGAGUCGGCGCAGAAGAAGCUCUUGGAGGAGCUGCUCAGGAAGGGGAAGACAGCGCCUGAAGAGAUUGGGUUCGUUGAGAUGCACGGGACGGGUACGCAGGCGGGGGAUGGUGUCGAGAUGAACACUGUGCGGAGCGUCAUUGCCAAACAGUCAAGAGACCAGCCGCUGUAUGUGGGUGCGCUAAAAGCGAGCAUCGGACACGGUGAGGCAGCAGCAGGCAUCUCUUCGCUGAUCAAAGCGCUGCUGAUGCUGCGACAUGACGCUAUGCCGGGGCAGCCGGGGAAUCUGUCACGAUUCAAAGAUCCUGCUGCAGCUGGCAUCCAGAUUGGUGGUGCGGAAGGACUGUCCAUUCCGCGUUCCGCAGUGGAUGGGAGAAGAAAAGUCAUUGUUAACAGCUUCGAUGCAGCGGGAGGAAACACGAGUCUUCUCCUGGUGGAUGGACCGACCCCUACACCUGCAGAGGGAAGCCACGACCCGCGCACCCAUCACAUCAUUGCCUGCUCAGCCAAGACAGUCGAGUCCCUGCGCCUGAACAAAGACCGUCUCCGGAGGCACUUGGAGCAAUCCCCUGAGACAAACCUCUCCAGCCUGGCCUAUACGACGACCGCACGGCGCAUGGACCAUGUCCACCGUGAAGCAUACGUUGUCGAAUCUAUUGACCAACUAAUCACAUCGCUUAAAAAGCCAUCAUCGCCAUCGCCUACUCGGGUCUCUCCCUCUUCGCUCGCUUUCAUGUUCACAGGCCAAAGCUCCCAGUACACAGCCAUGGGCGCAGCCCUCUACAACACGUCUCUCUGGUUCCAGAAAACUCUCAACAAAUUUGAAUCUCAAUGCUCGCAUUUUAGUUCAGCUUCUUUUCUCGAUGUUGUCCGGGGCUCUAUCGACAUUACCUCAGCCACAGCACCACAAGUCCAGCUUGCCCUCGUUGCGCUGGAGAUUGCUCUUGCGUACUAUCUGCAGGAACUUGGGCUAAAACCUGCUAUGGUCAUGGGGCAUAGUCUUGGCGAAUACGCUGCUCUCUGCGUGGCUGGAGUUCUGUCUGUCAAGGACACCUUGUACCUCGUGCAUGAGCGUGCGGCAUUACUUGAAAAACACUGCACUGCUGGAAGCUGGGGGAUGGUGGCCGUUCCGCGUAGUGUUGAAUGGGUCAAGCAACUUCUCCAGCAAGAAGGCUUGGAUAGCGAGCUGGAGAUCUGCUGUCUGAACGGGCCGACUUUGACUGUGGUCGGUGGUCCUUCGGACUAUAUUCAGCAGUUGCAAGACCUCGUCGGUGGUAAAGGCGUUAAGGCAACUCGAUUGCAACUUCCAUAUGCUUUCCACUCGUCUCAGCUGGACUGUAUUCUUCCGGAGUUUGAGGCGGUCGCAGAGAACGUUGCCUUCCGAAAGCCAUCAAUACCUGUUGUCUCGACCUUGACUAGAAAUGUCGUCAAAUUCGAAGGCACAUUCAACGCAUCCUACCUUGUCCGGCAAUGCCGUCAGCAAGUGGACUUUGUUGGCGCCCUGGAGACCGCCCGGAGACAAGGGCUGAUCUCAAAUGGUUCGAUUGUGGUGGAGGUUGGACCUCAUCCUGUGUGCACCAGCUUGCUCUCGCUGUGCCUGCCAGAUACUCAAGUAGUUGCCGUUCCAACUCUGAAACGAGGACACUCUGACUGGGAAAGCAUCUCCAAAUGCCUGGCAGCCGCAUAUGUCCAUCACCAGGAAGUCGAUUGGGAGAAGUUCCAUGGCGACUAUCGUUCUUGCUUGUCAGUUGUGAGCAGUCUGCCGAGUUAUGCUUUCGAGGAAAGCGAGUUCUGGACUCCGUACCAGCGACAGAGAAAUGCCGAGGGCUCGAAGGACGACGGGUUCAAAGGGACUGCAUGUCUGCAACAGAUCGAGUCCUUCAGUGCAGAUAAGCGCUCGGCGACAUUCGUCUCUAAGAUCCAAGAACCGUCGUUGCUGGCAGCUAUACAAGGCCAUCUUGUGGACGAAGUUGCCAUCUGCCCGGCCUCGUUGUUUAUUGAUAUGGCCUGCGGGGCAGCCCAGAUUGUCACGGCCGGAAAAGGCACAGCUGUUGAGCUUGCGGACCUGCAAAUGAUAUCUCCUUUGGUGGUUUCGAGUAAUGUCGAACAAACAAUCAGGGUCAAUGCCCGUCUCGAAGAAGCCAAGGCGAGUUCUGUUGAGAUUCAAAUCACCUCUACAAUUUAUGGGAACUCUACACAGCAUGCGAUAUGUCGAGUGGUAAUGCAUGAGAAGCCAACAGCCAGUCUUUCCAUCUGGCCCCAAAUGCAGCGACUAGUCCAACUGCGAGUCAGCACUCUCACAGCCGCCCCGAGUAAUGACUCAUGCUACAGACUGACGAGGGCACUGUUCUAUAAGCUUUUCGAUAGCAUCGUUGAGUACAGCGCGCCGUUUAGACUUCUUGAGACCAUCACUAUUGAUGGUGACGCGCAUGAUGCCGUGUCCGAGAUCCGAAUCCACACGAGGGACGCAAAGCACGGCUCAUUCAGUCUUGACCCGUUCACCAUGGACGCCCUUGUCCACCUACCAGGCUUCUUGCUGAACUGUGACUUCGACAAGCCCAAAGGGGACCUUCAUAUUGCGAAGUCCAUUGGCAGGCUUCUAGUGUUUGAUAGUUUGCAAGCUGAAGCUGGGUCCAGCCCUCUUACAUGUUACACUACUGUCACUGCGCAGGGUGAGGAUGGAGCCACAUUCUGUGAUACAUACCUGUUCACCAAGAGCAAAAGACUUGUCGCCCUAGUAUCAGGGAUCUGUUUCCAAAAGAUCACCCGUCAGAUCUUUGGCGUCAUUACCAGCAGUUCGAAAACCACGACCAGGAGCAACCAUAGCCCUAACCACUUGGUGACUACGCCUUCGCCUGUGCCAGCAAACACAACGACGUUGUCUGACGUUGAUACGAAGGCGGAAGGAGUAUACGCAGUAUUUCUCCGUGCCGUGGCAACGAUCACAGGGGUAGAUAUUGAGCAAGUCAAAUCCGCCGAAUCGUUCGAAGCCUUAGGCGUCGACUCACACAUGGCCAUCUCCAUCAUCGCGGAGACCAACGCCGCCGCCGGCGUGCUUUUACCUGCUGCAUUUUUCAGCAACUGCCCGACUAUUGCUGAUGCGGAGCGAGAGCUGGAAGGAAGUGCAAGUAGAUCGUCCAGUCCGUCUGGCGGAAUCCCCACACCACCAUCAACCGCCUCCAGUGACAUAUCAACAGAACACGUCAAAGAGCCCAUGGGCAGAGCAGUUCUCCUCCAAGGCAACCCUAAUUCGCUGAAGAAGCCUCUAUUUUUCGUCGCCGAAUCCAGCGGGUCCGUGGCCGUCUACCUCCAUCUCCCUCCCCUCCCAGACGGAACCCCAAUCUACUGCCUCGAGUCGCCGUUCGCUCACUGCCCUGAGAAGAACACAUUAUCAAUCCCCGAGAUGGCAAGAGCUUACAUCACAACAAUGCGCACCGUGCAGCCACACGGCCCAUACCUCAUUGCCGGGUACUCCUUCGGCAGCAUCUUCGCUUACGAGACGGCCUACCAGCUCGCCCUGGUCGGCGAACGGGUCCUCGGCCUGCUCCUGAUGGACAUGUACGCGCCUCCGCCAGCACUUCCCAAUCUCGGGGCGCACCGUUUCCUCGGCGGACUGCCCGAGGGCCCGAUGACGAAUAUGUCUAACAGGCUGGUGGCCUCUGGCCUCUUCAAGCUCACUGAUAUUGAAAUGACGCAUAUGGAGGCUGUGCUCAAAGCCGCAGCGUCCUACGAGGCUAUCCCGAUGCCCAGGGGCUUCGAGCCAGUCCAGACACAUAUCGUCUGGGCUAACAAGGGGAUUAACGACAACGAGCACGCGGAUGAGCAUGAUACGGGUGUUACCGGGAUGAAAGCAUUUAUGGGGCUUCUUGAGGAUGGAAAGACGUGGGAGGAUGUAAGUCAGGAUGAGAUGGGAAUGAUGCUCAGGUCUUGGUUCUUUGCGGCUAGGGAGGACUUUGGGACGAACGGGUGGGAGAGUUUUGUUGGGUGUGUUGAUGCGAUUACGGUUCAUGAGGUUGAUGCUGAUCAUAUUUCUGCUUUGAUUCCGCCGGAGGUGCAAGGGUUGGGCGAGGCGAUUGCGCGUGCGGUGGAAUCUUGUUCGAGGACAUAG